AUGUCUUUAGACAAACCAUGGCUCGAUCAUCAGCUCAAUCAGGGUGAAACGAUCAAGAGACCUGAUGAACUUGAAAAAGAGAUGGAAGAUCCUCCAAAUGACGUCGAUACUGCUAUAACGGAUCGCAUUCAUGGUUCGAUGAUCGGAAUGGCAUUGGGUGAUGCGAUUGGUGCUCAUGUUGAGUUUCGACCUCGACAGUACCUCGUCCAGCAUCCAGUCACUGAACUCAAAGGAGGCGGCACUUGGGGUCUUAAAAAAGGACAGCAAUCGCUGAGGGAAUUUGAACGCCGUCAAACAGAAUUUGCUGAAGAAUAUAGAAUUCCUCUUAAUCAAUUAGAUUUUCUUUCAGAUCCUAAACUCUUGAAGAAGUUCGAGGUGAAUUGCAGUGAAAAAGGUGUGGCUGGUAAUGGAGCUUUGAUGCGACUUGCACCUGUACCACUGUUCUUUUAUAAACAUCCUACUUAUGCUGUCGAAUAUUCAGGACUUAGUGGAUUGAUUACUCAUGGUGAUGAAAAAGCUGGUGAUGCCUGUCGUUACUAUGGUGCUCUAAUUGUGGCCGCUGUCAAUGGUGCAGAAAGAAAGGAGCUACUUGACAAAAACUUCUACCAAAAACAUGAACAAUGGUUCGGUGGUAAACCGCUUCAUCUCGACAUUGAAAAAAUCGCUCAAGGUUCUUAUCAGAAAGGUGGAUAUGAUAAAGGUAUUCGAGGUAAAGGAUACAUCGUCAAUGCUCUAGAAGCUGCUCUAUGGGCUUUUUGGUCUGAUAAUGGCUCUUUUCGAGAUGGUGUUCUUGCGGCUGUGAAUCUUGGUGAUGAUACUGAUACAACAGCAGCCAUCUAUGGCCAAUUAGCCGGUGCCUAUUAUGGUUAUAAAAAUCUACCAAAAGAAUGGACAGAAGAAGUAUAUGCUAAAAAUUUUAUUCAAUGUUUGAGCAAGUGGAUCGCUUAUGAAGGAACGAAUUGGUCGCCACAAGGAUUGAAAACUUCAGAAAUAGCUUCCGUGACUAUUAAUAAGUCAUCUUCGAAAAACGACACAAAUUCAAAUGCGUUACCCGUGUCAGCAAACAACCGAAACCAUCAACCGCAGACACCGGCAAACGAAUUAUAUGCACGAUCGGAAUCAGUCGCAACGUGGAAACAAUCUACUGACACCACAGCAGGUUCUCGACAACGAAGUCACACAUUUGCCGACACAUCAGAAACUUGGAAAUCAGGUUCAAAUGCUCCAUUUGAAGCUACUCGUCGAAAGGCAUUAGAACACGGAGAUUUCAAACUUCAGCCUCAACGUAAGAGUUUUUAA